AUGGAUAACGAUAACGCUAAUCGCGAGCAACAAAAUAAUCAAAAUGCCGAGUUCGUCGAAAAUAUAAUCGAGGGCAUAAAUCCAUUUGCUACGACUCAGAACGCGGGGGCUCCACAGCAAACUCCAUCUUUAUCAGAAAUGGGAAUUGACGCUGGUUGA